UAUAAUGUAAAUGUAAUCUCGCGAGGAAGGGAAAGUCAAACGGGAGGAUAUAAACCGUCAUAAGUGAAUUGAAAUUAUAACCUAUCGUUUAUUGACGGUGUUUUGGUGAGUUUUUCAAAACAUGCCUAAAACACGUGAAAAAAUAAAUUUGUAGCGAAUGAUGUCCGAUGAUGCAUAAAAGUUAAGAAUUCUGUAGAGGUGUCAAUUGGUCCUAGGAUUUUCCAUCACCAGAGGUCGAUCGAUUGACGAACACCACGCAUUUAUUGAGCAACAUCACGUCGCUGGACGAGUAUUAUACACAACAUUUAAAAUUUUACUCGUAAACUCUGUAAGCGUUCAUGGCUAAAGAGAAUGGGAUGUCUAUAAACGGUGUUGAUACCAGAUUAGAAUUGCACAUAUUGGAAUAUACUUUGAGAAUGGCAACAAUCAGCAAAGAUGCUAUAUCAAAGUAUACACAUUACUUGAUCAAGAUUGCUUUGUUACCCAAAUCAAGGCCUGGAUUUUUUAGCUUUACCAAGUCAAACGAGGACUAUUCCCUAACACUUGAGGAAACUGCUUUUCAAGAACUGCCAAAGGGCCCUGGACUUUCCUGCUCAAAAUGCUUGUGGAAUGUUUUGACAGUUUCACCAGGCGUGAUGGAUUGUGCAGGAAACACUAUGGGUAUUAGCAAAAUUGUCAAUUCCAUUAUCCUUCCACUGGCAAACAAUGGGGUUUCACUAUUCUGCAUGUCUACUUAUCAAGGAGAUUUCAUAUUGGUAAAGCAACAAGAAUUGAUGGCAGCAAUUUGCUGUUUAAAUGGAAAGUUCAGAAUAUUUGAUGAGACAGGAUUUGUGGACCUUUCAUCUGAUUUAGAUCACUCGAAUGCCAUUUUGAACAGAUUAAAUUCUGAUUCUCGAAGCCAUCCAUUGGUCCACUCCAUUGUCAGUCCUUUAAACAAAUUUCAUGUGAUCAGUUUAAACAGUCAAUAUUUCACAUCGCUCAUACCAACGUUGAUUGAUCUCAUGUUCUAUUCAAGUUCACGUCGACCUCCCUCAGAAGGAUAUGAAACAUUUUUUCAUUUUUCAUACGUCGAUGGUGAUUUGUCAGUCGUUCUUGACGACAACGAUCUGGCAAGAUUCCCAAGUCAUUAUUUUUACACAAGCUCGUUCCGUGAACAGUGGAGGAUCAUAAAGAUCGGCGAAUAUCCAUUGGGAUAUGAUGAAUGUGGUAUUGUGGCGCAAAUCGCCGAACCUUUGGUUGAAGCAAAAAUAACGACAUUUUACAUCAGUUCAUGUCAUCUUGGAAAUACGCUGAUACCAGAAGAGGAUAUUGAUAAGGCUUUGGAUAUUUUGAAUGAACGAAGAACUCGGCAUAAUCACAUCGAAAGUGCUUAAAAUGAACUUUAUCCUUAGCUGGGCCUGAGGCGUACAGUUUUAAUGACUUGUCAAUAUCUGUCCUGAUGCGCAUGCGUGGUUAUGUUGAGGAAAUGUGUAUUGGUGUAUUAUGGGUAUUGAGGUUUCAACGAUUGUCGGUUGACGGGAGGGGUUAAAUAUGUAGGUAUGAUUAAGUGUGAAGGUUGUCAUAUAUUUAUGUUAUUUAUUAAGGCGAUAUUAAUAAAAUAUAUUUUUAAUUAUAUUUUUCAUUUAACUA